AUGGAAGGGGUUUUGCUUGUUCCCCCGGACCGGGGAACCAUCAUUGGCCGGGCUAUGUGGAAGCCCCGAUUCGUCAUGGUCGGUAUGCAGAGACGAUGGGAGCAGCCCUCAUCCGUACCUGGAAGAAUGACCAUGCCAAAAGAAAACCAGCCUAUUUUACCUUUUUUGACCAUCUUCAAGUCCAAGAACGACACUGAGCCCAUCCAACAGCAUGCCCUCUCCUCUAUUACAGACUGUCAAGUCCAAGUGAUCGCACACAAGAAACAAGGACAAGUCGCCCCGACACUGGUGAUAACUGUCGCACCGGAUCCGGCGACAGACAAACUGAGAAAGCGCCGCUCGAGUCGCGCCGCCGGUUUGACUAGUAGCAAGGAGUCCCCAGGAAACACCCUUUACUUUCGGACGGGGGAUGAGACGUUGAGUUUACAGGAUUGGGAGCGAUAUAUUCAGGGGCAAAUGCAGAGGCCGUCGGGGCCGCCUCACGGAGCUGGCGUACCCGCGAGCCCAAUGAGCCCUAUGAUGAGUCCGAUCUCGCCGACCUUUACGAACCCUUUCGCCGGCGGCACACGGUCAAGAGAUCCCUCUGACUACUUUCCCAGACCACCUAGUGGGGCCGCGUCGGCUUCACAAUCACAGUUUACCAGGGGCACAGGUUUGAGUCACAAGAACGCGAACCAAACAUACUCGAGCCGUGAGCGACCCAUGACAUACUCGGGGUCGCCCAGUCUGCGGUCCAAACGAAGCGACAUCUCCUCGCAUGCUAGCUUCAUGAACCACUCUCACCAUCCGUCAUAUACGCAACACAGCGGCUAUUACAACGCCGCACACCCCGCAGACCUGCCAUCGCCGGCCACUACAGUUCCCGAUCACGGUGUCGAGUUUAUCGAAGGUUGGACUGCUGCCCAGGGCAGAUCUUCGACCCUCAACUCGCCAAUUCGGGGUCGUGAUAGUAUCAGCUCUCAAGUCACGUCACCGAUUACAGCUAAUGCUCCCGCCGCGCCUUCGGCAGCCACGCUCGAAGCAAGCUCGCCGCCAGGGCCUCGGGAAACAAUUCUCGACAGGGCUUUUCAAAUGCGCUGCAUUCCUGGCUCCGAGAAGGAAGUGCCCGGUGAAGAGAAUCUGAGUUCUUUAGCACGCUUUGAAGCACUUAUGCGGGAGAUGGAUAAGAAGCGACAGUCCAGGGAGGCGGAAGAGGGCAAGAGGGCGCGUCACCAAAAGCAGCAACAGCAUCAACCGCAGCCCGGGAUACCGAAUAGUGGGUGGGACCAGGACGACGAGUCCAGCGAGGAUGAGUCUGAUCUGGAGGACUACCGACGGAACAGCAGCGAGGCCAGACACGUUUCACAGCCUCGCAGUGGCUUGCAGCGGGGUCAUAGCUAUAGUCAUAGUCUUACGGCCCAGAGUGGUGGCUUUGCCCACGAGGUGGACUUGGAUGACGACGAAAUCGUCAUUCCCCCUGGGGCGCAACGGGCCUUGGAUUUUAUCACAACCGGUCGCAGUUCCCCGGCGAUUCAGUCUCCUGAGAACCUGGCUAGCCCAAGGAGUCCUAUGGAGUAUCACCAUGACUACGACAACUUGAGUCAGUCCAUGAACAACAGUGUGUCUUACCACGAUCCGUACGAAAACUCCGGGACUGUCGCUCAAACAAUGUAUAGGCAGCACGAGGUAGCGGAGAGUAACACGAACCGACCGCAUAUGCACCACGGAAUCCAGCAGCAGAUCUAUCCAUCAUCUGGCACAGCAACACCGACGGAUCACAUGAGUUCCAUACCUGCGUCGUUGCUGGGAGGUUUAUCACGACGCAAUACGUCCGAGAAGCGCAACUCAGCCUCGAGCUCAAAACGCAUCAGUUUCACUGAACAGUUGACGAGGAGGUUGAGCAGCACAAGCAGCCUUCUGCUUCAGACAAACCAUGAGAAAUCUUCAGCCGGUCGCACAAGUCACGACGGAGAGGCGAGCCAAUCCUCAUACGGGUCGAGGUCAGCCACCUCGCAUCCUCGCGGGGUCAUACCUUCGCAUGCGCCGCCAGGCCCACCGGAACGUGAAUGGGAGAAGAAGUGUGGUUGGCGCGGCAGCGUGGUCAUUGGCAACGAGGGUGGUUUUCUUUGA